GGUUACUUUCAGAGAUACAGCCGAGACUGAGAGGCCUCAUUCCUCAAGCUCCAAAUAUUAGGUCCUCCAUCGAGAGAAAAUGGAGAGAAGAAGGGCUUCUUCAAUGGCCAAUCGUUUCCUCAUUGCAGCUGUAUUAUUUGUUCUUUCUUGUUCAUCAAUUCAAGAAACAGCGGCACAAACGUCAUCAUUUGAUGAUAAUUUCAGCAAAACUUGCCCUGAAACACAUUUCACUACCUCUGCUGACGGACAGACAUGGUACCUCUCCUUGGACAAAGAAUCAGGCUGCGGAUUCCAGACAAAAGAAAGGUACAGAUUUGGAUGGUUUAGCAUGAAGCUCAAACUGGUCAGUGGUGAUUCUGCUGGAGUCGUUACAGCUUAUUAUAUGUGUUCGGAUUGCACACACCUCGGAGCAGGGCCUGAAAGGGAUGAGAUAGACUUUGAGUUCUUGGGGAACAGAACAGGGCAGCCUUAUCUUAUACAGACCAACGUUUACAAGAAUGGGACUGGUAAUCGUGAAAUGAGGCACGUUUUGUGGUUUGACCCCACCAAGGACUAUCACAGCUAUUCCAUUCUAUGGAACCCGCUGCAGCUUGUGUUCUACGUUGAUAGAGUUCCAAUAAGGGUCUACAGGAAUGCAAAUUAUACAAACAACUUCUUCCCCAUGGACAAGCCAAUGAACUUGAUUUCAAGCAUAUGGAAUGCUGAUGACUGGGCAACCAGAGGUGGUCUGGAGAAGACAAACUGGACGCUUGCACCAUUUGUAUCAUCUUAUAAAGACUUCAGUGUCGAUGCCUGCAAAUGGGAAGACCCUUACCCAGCCUGUGUCUCCACCACCACAGAACACUGGUGGGAUCAGUAUCCUGCUUGGCAUCUCUCAGACAGCGAAAAGCUGGACUAUGCUUGGGUUCAGAGAAAUCUUGUUAUUUAUGACUAUUGCAAGGACACCGAAAGAUUCCCUAAAGUACCUGAGGAGUGCUGGAUAAGUCCCUGGGCCUGAUCUGAUGAAUCAGAUAUUGGUAUAUUUUUUCGAAAAAGAACAUUGAAGUUCAUAUAUAGCUAGAUAGUUUUCUUUCUGAGUAUAUAUGCUGUAUUAUGUGGUUUGGCGCUUCUGUAAUCUGUACUGCAAUUAUUGGAAUUAUUUCAUUGAUUAAA